AUGGAGGAUCCUUUGCCUUCGCCGGGCACCACUUUGCUGCUGGUGCUCACUGGCUGCUUGAUGGCGGGCUUGGGAGAAACAAUUUGCUACUUUUUGGUUUAUUCAAAAGAAGAAUUCAAAAAGCUCCGAGACGAAAGCAGCAAACUCUGGAGGGAGUUCUACGCAAUUGAGGGAGAAUGCGCAGCAGGCGCUGAGGGCCGCUACGCGGGGCGGGCGGGGCGGGCGGCCACAGCGCUGCAGACGAAAAUUCAAAAGAAGACAAAGGCGAUGAACGCGCUGAAGCAAAAAGGGUACAUGGGCAUUGGUUUGCUGCUGCUGCUGCUGAUGCCUGCUGUUCAUUCUUACUUCGGAGGAUCUCCAGGAGCAAUAAGUCCAUUUCCUCUUUUCUUUCCCCUUUCGAUGUUUCAGCACUCCAGUGCAGCAGCAGCAGACCCCGCAGCAGCAGCAGCAGCAGCAGACCCCGCUGCAGCAGCAGACCCCGCAGCUGCAGCAGCAGCUGCUGCUGCUGCUGCACCAGGGCCCCCCCUCUGCAGCACUUCUGCUGUCUUCAUGCUCAGCAUGCUUCUCUUCAAGACGCAGCUGCAGGCGCUGUUGGGCGUGAACUCCCCCGCGAGUCUGCAGCAGCAAGCUGCUUUUGCUGCAGCAGGCAACAACAGCUAA